AUGGUCGAGAAAAGGAUCGUCGUCAAAGACCUGUGGAUCUUCCCCAUCAAGAGCUGCAAGGGCACGCAGCUCAAGGAGAGUGGAUACAGCGAAACAGGAUUGGAUGCAAGUAGGCGUCGGUUUCACUACUUUGCGUAGCGCUUCGCUGAUCCAGACUAUCUGCCUGUGCUUCGAAUCCCCCGCCACAUCGUCUGCGAUCAGUACGACCGCCAAUGGAUGAUCGGUCGGUCCCAAGCCAAGCGAUUUGCUUUGGUCCACUCGAUAAAGUUGAUCUGAUUGGUAUCGCUGGCUUUUCUUCGCAGUCGAAGAACGCUCGCAUCGCUUCUUGACCGCUCGCAACAUUCCUCGAGUCAGUCUCUGGGAGGUGGGCCUCGGAAUCCGCGCUUCUUCCGUCGGCUGACCCAACAUAAUGAACGGCUCCAACAUAGAUGGUGCUUAUCCACCCAAAAAUUAGCUCUACAACACUUCAAGUUGACGUGCCCGCUUGGGGCGACAACCCUGCUUCGUCCCACUGGAUCCCACUUGACUUGCCCUCAUCUAUUACCGACGAGGAUCUCUUGACCGACGUGCAAAUUUGGGGGUCGUCCAACACCCCCUACAGCGUCGGGACGCCAGAGCUCAACGCUGCUCUGAGUGGCUUCAUGGGUAAGCCCGUGUUGCUGGUUCGAAAGGGCGACGAGCCGAGGCUCACGGCCGGUGGGGAGAUCGUCGAGACGCUCAGCGAGGUCAAGAUGGACUACGAGGGUGGAAGCACGAUCAAAUGGAGCGACCAGUUCCCCGUCUUACUCGUUUCCGAAGCUUCUCGGAGGGACGUCGAGAAGCAUCUGCUCAAAGAAGGGUAUGGGAACGAGAAUCAGAGAUGGUCGGAGCGGGGGAUCCAGAAGCAACCGCUUGAGAUUCUGAGAUGGAGGGGCAACGUCAUCGUCGAUGGCGCCGAUGCUUGGGAAGAAGAUGGAUGGAAUGAAAUUCGAUUCGAGGGUAGAGAGCAGAGCGAGACGAUGAAUGUCGCUACACGAUGCGCCAGGUGUAUGGUCAGCCCCCCCACCCCCCGCUCCCUGUCCCGAUGAAUGAUCUGCGCUAAUGAGGUUACCCCCCAACGAUGCAUUGUUGUAGCUUCCGAAUGUUGACCCCGAGACAGGAGUAAGAGACAAGUCGGUGCCUGACAAGGUAAGGAGGGGCGUGCUUGCGCAGGAUGAGUUUUAUCCAGUCGACUGACCAGGUGACGAUCUCUUCCUUGUGCAGACCCUACGACUGUAUCGAGAAGGAAUCUGGCCCAUAUUCGCCCAAAAGACCUUCUUCGGCGUCAAUCUUGUGCCCCGAACAGCACGAGGUACCCUUCGCGUAGGGGACCAAGUCGUCGUGGUCAAGGCAUUCUCGCCCAAGGACGAUCACGAACACCAGUACGAGAGGCCCGAGGAUCAGAUGUAG